AUGGCCCAAGGAACAGUCAAGAACCUCGGUCGAGCGAUCCCCACCAAGGCCGUUCACUCCAAGCGCCAAGCAUCCAAAGUGCACAAGCCCAAGCAGACGAAGAAAAGCAUCGACAAGGUCCACAGGAAAUUCACAAGCGGCAUGACAGCACAAACGGAAAAGCUCCUCGGCGAGCGCGCGGGACAUUUGGAGUUGCUAGGCCAGAAAAAGAAGAAGGGAGAGAAGAAGUCGACGGAUAAGAGGGCGACGACAAAGGGUGGUUCAAAGAAGUUUGGUUAA